AUGAACACGAUAUCCCAAAGCCGCUCCCAGGCUGGUGCCCUAGACAUCCGCGUCGAAGAUUUUCUCGACGACAAGCUCCAGUCCACCACCGAUCUCGAGAAUCUCGACUCCUUAAUCGCCAACGUCGAGGUGCAGCGCAGCCAGCUCCAGUCCCAGCUUGACAAUGCCAUCAAGCAGCUCGAUGAAGCUCGCCAAACGGCUGGCGACCGUCAGUCCUCCCUUACGCAGCGUAUUCAAGACUUCCAGGAGCUCCAGCACAGCAUCGACGUCCGUGUCAAGAUUGCGGCAGCUUCCGACGCCCCAAACCAGGCCAUCGCGAGGCUGCAACAACCUAUGAAGAAGCUGCAAACAAUCGAACUCGCCCAAAAAUAUUUGACGCUGCUGCAAGAUGUCGAAAAUUUGCGGGCUGAAGCUCGCUCGCACCUCCCCGACAGCCCAAAGGCCGCUUUGGAGCCGUACUCAAAGCUCAAGCAAUUGUCGAGGCGCCUGGAGGAGCUUUCGGGACCGGCCGAUGAUGCGGCGGUACACCUCGUCAACCACGUUCGAAACGUUGCCGGUGCCCUAUGGGAAGAGAUGAAGAAGACAAUGUCGAGCGAACUGGAGGCUGUUCUCAGCAAGAGGUCGUGGCCUAUGGUCGAGCCCAGCUCUGAAAUGGACGAGGAGUGGCUUGCCUGCUUCGAGAAGUUGCUGGACCUCCAGAUUCCCGAGAUCAUUCUGAGCAAGUCCCUCGUCAGCUUGCUCUCAUUCGAUGUCAUGUCACGAAUCUUUAUCUCCGAGUUCCGCUUCCACUUUCUCAGCGACAAGCCAACGAGCAAACCCGAUGCCAUUGGAUCGCACUGCUUCCCCUGGUUCUUGGCAACCAUCGAAAAAUGGGAGGACUUUUAUAGGGAUAACUUGGGCUUCAUACUGGCUGCCAAGUUCCGUGAUACGGCCGCGGGUAGUAGUUUGGUAUAUGUCGACCCUGUCUGUGCUUUCAUCACCAGCAUGCUACCCGUUAUGAGAGAAAAGGUCCAGAAUGUAGUUGCAGAAUCGUCCAAGAACCCUUCCUUUUUGAGCAGCUUCAUGGGGCAGUUGAUGACAUUCGACGAAAGCAUUCGAACAAAGUUCAACUACGACGGUGGUGACCCAGACCAAGGCUGGCCUGGGUUGGCUACUGAGAUCUUGGAGCAGUGGUUUGAGCCUUGGUUCCAGGCGGAGAAGGAGUUUGCUCUGGAGCGCUUUCAGGCUAUCAUGGACAGUCCCGAUGCACGAAAUAUUGACUACGACUAUGCUGCGACGGGCAAGACCAAGCCGACUUUUGGAGCGGUGCGAGUCACUGAUCUGUUAAGGUCCAUCACAGCCCAAUACGAGAGGGUGCGCGCCUUCAAACACAAGAUUCGAUUCUUGAUCGGUAUACAACUCGAUAUUCUUGACGAGUUUCAUGACCGUCUUCGUGGCUCUCUCGAGGCUUAUCAAGCACUUACAUCGACUGUCGGCAGAACUUUGCAUGGCGUUACGAAAGAACAGCUUGCCGCUCUUGAGGGAACCGGCAGUUUUGAAUCUCUAUGUAAGGUUUACGGCAGCGCAGAUCACGUUGUCAACACGCUCAAAGACUGGGGUAACGAGGAAUUCUUCGUGACAUUGUGGGACCAAUUGCAGGGUCGCGCAACAAAGGAGGGUGAGACGUCACGGAUGUCGGGUGAAUUGAGUUACAAAGAGGUCAAGGACCGUACCUCUGCUGCUACCGGCUCCGAAGCUGAUGACGGUGUUCUCUUUGAUGAGACUAUCGCUGCGUAUAGCCUCAGACGGAAAACGGCGCAAGAGUUUUUGGUUAAUGCGCUUGCCGACUCUCAUUAUAAGGCCUUCAGAGCCUAUGCGACACGGACGCAUUGGACCACAAUUAGUGACAGCGGUUCCGAUAUUGAUCCGUUGCAACUAGCUGUCACACCCGAGCUCGACGAACCCUUGAGAUUACUAAAGCGCAACUUCGACUUCCUGCUCAAGGCUAUUGGUACGGCAGCGUUCCGACGAACGUGGCGCUCAGCGCUUGACAAACUCCAGGACCUGCUUUGGGGCGAGGUUUUGAUGAGGCAGAGCUUCACGGCGUUUGGUGCCGCCCAGUUCACCCGCGACGUCAACGCCAUCUUUUCCCUAGUCGAGAGGUAUAUCCAAAAUGGAGUAGGGCCAUUGGGUAGUCUCUUUGACGCGCUGAAACUACUCAAUCUUCCCAACGAACCCCAAGAGGGCACUCUAUCGCUCAAGGAUGCCACGGACCGGGUGUUCACCGACAACACCGAGGCCAAGAAGUUGUUGGAGGAACUGGACAUUGACACGCUUACUCCUGCAAAUGCUAGACAUAUUUUGCAGCGCAGGGUUGAGAACAAAGAAUAG